GUGGGAGUGUGUUGUGUGAUUUGUAUCCAAAAAAAAUGGCGAUUUACUCAGAAACACAGAAGCUAAGCAUAUGUGUCUUGUUCUUUAUGUUCUCUUUGGCUUACGCCAGAUUAAUAAGUUCUGACUGUAAUUUUAAGGCAGAGACUCUAGCAAAUAGGCUUGUUGCAGAAGCCUUGAUUAAACCUUCCCUCUUCGAUGGCCCCGACAAAGACUUUGUGGAAGGAACAAGACUCCAGCUCAAAUCAGUUACCGUCAACAAGUACUUAUGCGCGGAGGAUGGAGGAGGAACCAACAUAGUUGCGAACAGAGCAUCUCCCUCAGACUGGGAAACAUAUAGAUUGGGGAAGAUCAAUGAUAAAACCUUUAAUUUGAGAGUCUACAACAAAAAAUUCAUUGGACUGGAUACCAAAGGAAAUGGAGUAGACGUAGUAGCUGUUUCAAGCGAACCAGGAGCUCCCAGCAAUACAUUUGAGAUCGUGAGAAACCCAGAUGAUAAAAGUCGGGUCCGAAUCAAAGCACCGAAUGGAAAAUUUUUACAGGUGAAAACAGAGAAACUGGUGACAGCAGAUUAUGUAGGAAACAAUGGUGGAUGGGGAAAUGAUAACCCCUCAGUUUUUCUGAUGACCAUUACAGGGGGGCUUCAAGGAGACAUAUACUUGACAGUUGAUUGUUCGAAUUAGUAGUUUCGUCCUGAUGUACAUAGGUUUCUGCAAUAAGGUGUGUUUUGAAGCUUUGAAAGCACCAAAGAAUGUGCGAAAUAAAAUGUGAUGCCUACUGCCUCGCAUAUGUCCUAUUAUUAUGUGUGUGCGCGUAAUGUUAAUGUAUGGUUUGAGAUAAAUAAAACUUACGUUCUUAUAAAU